ACUCUUUAGAUAUGUGCAUGUAGAUUGCACUUCACAGAUUACGAAUUGUUGUCCAGAGACAUCUGGCGAGCUGACGACCUAUUUCACGGAUCCUGACUGUGACAUGCGACAUUUGAAGUGACGGGCGAAUGCAACUGGCCUGGAACAUAUUUGACGUCACUCUGGCUGCAAGAUCAACAUGAAUAUUGUAGAAUGGGCCUUCGGAAAGCGCAUGACGCCGGCCGAGCGCCUGCGCAAACACCAGCGUGCACUGGAGAAGACACAGCGCGAGCUCGACCGUGAGCGAACGAAGCUCGAGAACCAGGAAAAGAAGUUGGUGCAGGACAUCAAGAAGAAUGCUAAGAAUGGUCAGAUGGGAGCGGUGAAGGUCCAGGCGAAAGAUCUGGUCCGAACGAGGCGAUACAUUCAAAAGUUCUACCAGAUGCGCACGCAGCUUCAAGCAAUCUCACUACGGAUACAAACCGUGCGCAGCAAUGAGCAGAUGAUGCAGAGUAUGAAAGGCGCGACACAACUGCUGGGAAGCAUGAACCGCCAGAUGGACCUGCCAGCGCUUCAGCGGAUAGCAAUGGAAUUCGAGAAGGAGAAUGAUAUCAUGGACCAACGGCAGGAAAUGAUGGACGACGCAAUCGACGAUGUCACCGGACUCGAGGAUGAGGAGGAAGGCGAGGAGGUGGUACAACAGGUGUUGGAUGAGAUCGGAAUCGAUCUAGGCCAAGCGCUCGGAGAAACACCACAAGGUCUGCAGAAGAAUGCAGUCGCUGAAGGCCGAGUCGCUCAGGCCGUCGGCGGACCCGAUGCCGGUGACGAUGACCUUCAGGCUCGGCUCGACAGCCUACGCCGAUGAUGAGACGCCACUCAACGUCGAUAGGAUACUGCAUGUCAUUCUCGGUGUUUGCCAAGGUUUAUGGCACCAUGGGCAAGCAUACCGACGCGCUGGACAACGAUACGUGUAAACGAUGCCGUUUCACAGGCUCGCUGACUCUAUGUUGAACGCUACGGGUGGGAGUGAAGGAUAUCAGCACGACCUAUUAAAUCCAGAUCGUUCGGGACUCUGUUGAGAUGCGUCAAUGCUCGCAUCGCAGUUUGCAUACACAACGUG